AUGGCACCAAAAUCAGAAGAAAUAGAAGAUACAACAAAUUAUUCUCCGUCAUCAUCAUUUUCUAAUAUUGAAGAAACAAUCGAGAAACUCACCACAAUUAAAUCAGUAAAUGUUCCAUUGCCAUAUUUUGUCAAGAAUGGAAAAAUGCUUUUAACCCCAGCAACAAAUAGAUUAUGGAUGUUAGCUAAACCAUUUCUUAAAUUAUUAAUGGAUCCAAAAAGAACACGUCCCAUAUUGACAGUUGCAAACCAUUUAUCAACGGUCGACGAUCCUUUAAUUUGGGGAAGUCUUCCUUUCAAAGUAUUUCUAAAUCGUGAAAAAGUACGUUGGACUCUUGGUGCACAAGAACUAUGUUUUAUCACACCUUUCAAAGAUAUUUGCACUUGGUCAAGUUGUACCUACUGUUAG